AUGUCCUACAUUACAAAUAAGUAUGGUAUUAAUUCUAUGUUUUUCAAAAUUAAAAGUGAUGAUGAAUUUAAAGACAAUAAAGAUAAUAAUUUAUCUUUUGGAAUUUCAACAAUCUUGAAUGAAAAUGAAGAAAAAAAAUUUAAUAUAAUUGAUAUUUAUCAAUCUAAUCAACCAUUAUCAAUUACAAAUGAUAAUAAAAAAAAUUGUUAUUUUUCAAUUACACCAACAUUAAAAGAUUUUACACCUUCAAAUUAUCUUCUUAAUUAUAGUCAACCAAGAAAAAUAUUAAAAUAUGAAAAAAGAAUUGGUCAUUCAUACAAAUCAAGAGCACCACCAAUACACAAAAAACCUCGUACUGCAUUUACUAAGGAACAAAUAUUAAUAUUAGAAAAUAAAUUUUAUAAUCAAAAAUAUUUACCAUCAUCUGAAAGAUUUGCAUUGGCUAAAAAACUUGAUAUGAGUGAAUCGCAAGUAAAAACAUGGUUUCAAAAUCGUAGAACAAAAUGGAGAAGACAAGAGGCAGAGGAACGUGAAUUUGAGGAUAAAAGUAUUAAAAAAAUGGCAAUUUCACAUUUAUUAUAUAAAUGA